AUGUCUCUCACCUUCCACAAGAUGGCCAUCGCGCCCGCCAUCUCCGCCCUAAAGAAUGCCCGCUUCUUCAUCAACAAAGGCUACGAACACGCCAAAUCCUCUGACCCCAACACCUACCUCACCGCAUCUCUGCACCCAGAUAUGAAAGAUUUUCGCUACCAAGUCUACCGCUUCACUGACGCCGCCAAGUUCAUCCCCAGCCGCGUAAACCCCAGCCUUGAAGGCAUUACACUCCCGGACGAAGAGCAGACAUUCCCCGAAUUACUAGAGCGCAUUGAGAAGUGCAUCAAGUACCUUGAGGGCUUCUCGGAGAAAGACUUCGAGGGCAAGCAUAACGAUGAGGUUGUUAUCAAGUUCCCGGGGGGUCAGAAGCAGGUGAGGAUGCCGGCGACGGAGUAUAUCAGCAGGUUUGCGCAUCCGAAUAUGUGGUUCCACAUCGUGACUGCAUAUGAUAUAUUGAGGAUGAAGGGUGUUGACGUGGGCAAGAUGGACUUCUUGAACGGUGCGGGUGGUAUCGUGAUUGAGGAUGUUCCUCAGCAGUAG